CUUCCCUUUUCAUCAUUCUCUUCCGUUCCUCUUCCAAAAUCCCCUCUUUUCUCGAUUUUCUGGAAAUGAGCGCGAUUCUCGAUCUGGAUCCGAUGUUGGAGCAACCAAGGGAUUUGAAGCUCGAUCCCCUUCGUUUAAUUUUAAAAAUGCGAGAUUUUUGAUGAAAAAUUGGUGUAAACAGAGGGACAUUUUGAAAAAUCCAACAUGCUUUUCGCCAAGCUCGAUGAUUCUCCUAUGUUUAGAAAGCAGAUUCAGUCACUUGAAGAUGGUGCAGACUUGUUGAGGGAAAGAUGUCUGAAGUUUUACAAGGGCUGUAGGAAGUACACAGAACGCCUUGCUGGGGGAUAUGAUGGGGAUGCUGGUUUAGCGACUGCUCUUGAGAUGUUUGGUGGUGGGCACAAUGAUCCUAUAAGUGUCGCUUUUGGAGGACCCGUGAUGACUAAAUUUACUAUUGCCUUGAGAGAGAUCGGAACAUACAAAGAAGUUCUAAGAUCUCAGGUUGAACACACUCUAAAUGAUAGAUUGCUGGACUUUGUAGACAUUGAUUUGCAUAAUGUCAAGGAUGCACGUAAACGUUUUGAUAAGGCUAGCCUUGUGUAUGACCAGGCUCGGGAGAAGUAUUUAUCACUGAAAAAAGGAACAAGAGCUGACAUAACCACCAUCUUGGAGGAUGAGCUACACAGGGCUAGAUCUUCAUUUGAGCAGGCCAGAUUCAAUCUGGUUACUGCUCUUUCACAUAUUGAGGCAAAAAAAAGAUAUGCAUUUUUGGAGGCUGUUAGUGGGAUGAUGGAUGCACAUCUUUGUUUCUUUAAACAGGGGUAUGAACUAUUGCAUCAGAUGGAGCCAUAUAUUAAACAGGUUUUGGCAUAUGCACAACAAUCAAGACAAAGGUCUAAUUAUGAACAGGAAGCCCUUACAGAGAGGAUGCAGGAGUUUAAGAGGCAAAUUGAUCGAGAAAGUCUUUCAUCCUCAUAUGGUUUGUUUGAUUCUCCUAACGGAGAUGGCAUACAAACCCUUGGUAGGAGCUCCUACAAAAUGAUAGAAGCGGUGAUGCAGACAGCUGUUAAGGGAAAGGUUCAAACUAUUCGGCAAGGUUAUCUUUCAAAGCGGUCAUCAAAUCUGCGAGGUGACUGGAAGAGAAGGUUUUUUGUCCUUGAUAGUCGAGGAAUGUUGUAUUACUACCGCAAGCAGCUUACCAGGCCAUCUGGAGUUGUUAACCAUCAUUUGCAUCAUAAGGCUCAAAUAUCCUCUGAGAAUGGCUCUGGGUUGUUGAGCCGGUGGUUCUCUUCUCACUAUCAUGGUGGUGUAGAUGAGAAGUCCGGAGCACGUCAUACUGUGAACUUGCUUACAUCAACCAUUAAAGUUGACGCAGAUCAGUCAGAUUUAAGAUUCUGCUUUAGAAUUAUUUCACCAACAAAGAAUUACACAUUACAGGCUGAGAGUGCUAUGGAUCAGAUGGAUUGGAUUGAAAAAAUAACGGGUGUUAUUGCUUCUCUAUUGAGUGCUCAAUUCCCAGAACAGUGCCCCCUAGCUAGUGCCAGUGCUUCCAAUGAGAGUUCAUUUGGUAGCUCAUCAGAUCUGGACCAUUCUGUUGAAGUAUCAUCUCUAGAGAAGAACUGUGUUUCAAGCCAUUCUGGACGUACUGCCAGAAGUUCACAGCAACAUAGAUUCAAUGUCGAACAUGAAAAGCCAAUUGAUGUGCUCCAAAAAGUAUGUGGCAACGAUGUUUGUGCCGAUUGUGGAGCUGCUGGCCCCGAUUGGGCAUCUCUGAACCUAGGGUUGCUUGUAUGCAUUGAAUGUUCUGGGGUUCAUCGCAAUCUUGGAGUGCAUAUAUCAAAGGUGCGAUCUUUGACACUUGAUGUCAAAGUGUGGGAACCUUCUGUUAUUAAUCUAUUUCAGUCACUGGGUAAUACUUUUGCCAACUCCAUAUGGGAGGAAUUGUUACCCUCAACAAGUAACGAAAAAUUAACAGAUAGUUCCAAUUUACAUCAAAAACAGCAACAAAUAUCUACCACGAAGCCCAAGCAUACUGACCCUAUUUCAAUAAAGGAAAAUUUCAUUAAAGCGAAGUAUGCAGAGAAGGUUUUUCUUCAGAAAUCGAAAGCAGAUCCCAACUGUUUAUUGGCGAUGUGGGAUAAUGUUCGUACCAACAACAAGAGAGCUGUAUACCAGCAUAUUAUCACUUUAAAUGCUGAUGUAAAUGCUAUCUAUGGACAAACAUCGUCUAAUUCUUCCUUAACUCUUGCAAAAGCCAUGCUUCUUCAAGAGCAACCAACUUCAACAUUAGGUCGAAGUACUAGUUGUACUGUUGGGGACUCCAAACACAAGGCUUCUUCCAUCAGCUCUUGUAACCCGGCGAGAAAUGCUGAUGAGAGAAAUAACAUGGAUGAAUCUUUUGAGGGCUGUUCAUUACUACAUCUUGCUUGCCAAACUGCAGAUAUUGCCAUGGUAGAACUACUUUUACAGUAUGGUGCCAAUGUAAAUGCUGCUGAUUUGAACGGCAGGACGCCACUUCAUCAUUGCAUUAUCAAGGGCAGGAAUAUUUUUGCGAAGUUGCUAAUUUCCAGGGGAGCGGACCCGCACGUCGUUGACAAGGAUGGUAAGACCCCAUUACAGUAUGCAUUGGAGAGUGGAACCAUUGACAAUGAAGAGAUUCUUGUUCUUUUAGAGGAUACAAAGAUAUAGUAUUAUGAAAUGGCCAGAAUAUAUAGUAGAGAAGGAAAAAAGGGUUGUUUCUUUCCUCAAUUGUAGGCAUUACUUUUGGGGUUCUGUUGUAGCAUAAGAUGUCUGUUUAUUUAUCUCCGGUUUGGUUUUGAUUUAAUGUAUGUGAGCCCUGUACAUUGCCUUUUC